AUGUUUGACAAAUUCAAAAGUCUUCAACUGAGUAAGUUGCCAAAGCUUUACGCACAGGCUUCAACACUUCUACAAGCCACUUUGCAACGGCGUGGAAUACGAAGCCAGAUAUGUUCAAUAGUUGGGCGCAGCGGAACAUAUGGUUUGUGCACUUUUCGUAGUCCAUACAGGCGGAGUGGAUGCGAGCCGACUGGAGUUAAGCGAUCAAGUAGGGCGUCACUUAUUAACUUCCUUUACUUUAACUCCUUCAACAACUUCGUAAUUUUAACCUCAUCCUGUGGUGUUCUACCUUUUUCAUCU